AUGGCGGGGAGGCCAUGGUGCUUCGAACAAAAUCUCUUACUUCUCAAGGACAUCUCUGGGGACGAGCAACCAUAUGAUAUUGCCCUAACUCAUUCCCCUUUCUGGGUUAGAAUUGAGAAUCUUCCUUUUAAUUGUCGUUCUGAUGCGCACGUGAAAGCUAUCGCUGCUAAACUCGAUUCAUUAAUGGAGAUAGAGGAGGAUGUGAUGGGGAUUGGUAAAGACCGCAGACUGAGAGUUAUGAUGGAUGUAACAAAACCAUUACGACGUUUCCUAGACGUGGUAAAUAGGCAAGGUCAUACGGUAAAGGUGAAGCUUAAAUAUGAACGUCUGCCAUUUUUCUGCUUCAUGUGUGGUAUUAUGGGUCACGGUGAAAAGGAUUGUAUCUAG